GGGGCCGGGCGGCGCGGCGCUGCCGGAAGCACGCGGCUCCCGCCGGGGUCGGGCUGAGGGCGUCCGGCGGGCGCGGGCCUGCGGGGGCCCAUGGAGGGCUCCGAGGACGAUGAGGCGGAGGUCGGCGGGCCGCUGCAGCAGCUCGUCAAGCGGCAGCGGAGGGAGAAGCGCGAACUGCAAGCAAAAAUUCAAGGCAUGAAAAAUGCCGUUCCCAAGAAUGAUAAAAAGAGACGAAAACAGCUGGCUGAAGAAGUCGCCAAACUAGAGGCAGAGCUUGAACAGAAGCACAAGGAGGAAUUAAAGCAGCUGAAAGAAGCUAUGCCUGAGCAGAAUAAGAUAGAUUCUAUAGCUGAUGGGGUUGCAAAUUUCGAGCUUGAGGGACGGGAGCAGCAGAUUCAGCAUCCACGAAUAUCAAAAGCACAGAAGAGACGGGAAAAAAAAGCUGCCUUGGAGAAGGAAAGAGAAGAAAGAAUAGCUGAAGCUGAGAUAGAAAAUUUAACAGGGGCGAGGCAUCUUGAAAGUCAGAAACUUGCCACCUUGUUGGCAGCAAGGCAAUUGGAGAUUAAACAGAUUCCUUCAGAUGGCCAUUGCAUGUACAGAGCUAUUGAAGAUCAGCUCAAGGAUCGCCAGAAUUCCUGGACUGUUGCAACUCUGAGAAAUCAAACAGCAAAGUAUAUUCAAAGUCACUUUGAUGACUUCCUGCCAUUUCUUACAAACCCCAACACUGGAGACAUGUAUAGCAAAGAGGAAUUUGAGAAAUACUGUGAUGAUAUAGCAAAUACGGCUGCGUGGGGUGGUCAGUUGGAACUAAGGGCUUUGUCGCAUAUUUUGCAAACACCCAUUGAGGUAGUGCAGAUGGAUUCCCCUUCUAUUAUUGUUGGUGAAGAAUAUUCAGGCAAACCAAUAACACUUGUGUAAGUAUAUGAGACAUGCUUAUGGAUUAGGAGAACAUUACAAUUCUGUGAAACUUCUAACAGACAUGGCUACAGAAAUUGGCAGUUAGCACUAAAAAAAAAAAAUCCACGCUGAUAACAGUUGCAUCUUGAUAUGCUGGGCUCCAGACAAUUCUUAGAUGGACUAGAAAGUAAAACUACCUGGAAUGGAUAAAAAGUGAAAAAAAGAUGUACAAGGUUUUGCUGGAAUUCAUAAUCAGCUCUUGAUUUGAAACACACAAAAAAUUCCAAACACAACAGUAUUUUGAACUUGUUGGUGUUAAUCAUAUUUAAAAAAAACUCUAAAAUGCUGACUGUGUGGGUCAGAACUGUUUUUUUUUUUUCCUCCUAGAACUUAAUCCCAUGCCACAGUGAAAAUAGUCAGCAACAAAUGGUUAAUCUGCAAAAUACUAAAGAAUUAAGGUUACUAGAAAGGUUGCUGUUGCAUUAUUUCUUGGAGAUUUUCAUGAUCACGGAAGAGUUGAGGACUUCAAAAUAAUUGAGUUGUUUAGAUUGAUGGAGUAUCCUUUGCUGUUUGUUAGUUCCAUCAGACUCUAGCUUUAAUACUAUAGUAGGGAUCCCCUUUGUUUGGGCAGGGAAGAGUUUCACUGAAGGAAUCACAAAAAGUGUCUUAAAAUUUUACAGACUUUUAUCAAGUUUUUUUACCAAGAUCUGAGGGCUUCACUUUAAUUUUGCAGUAGGAAUACUUGAUGCAGUUCCUAGUUCUGACAGAUAGAGAACUGUUGACGACUGUACAUCAUAACACGGAUGUGAGUCAGCUGUGCUGUUCAUCUGUGUGUUUUGAUGGUACAGAGAUCUUACAAACAGGUCCUCAGUCUCCUCAGCUCAGGUAGUGAAACUUACCUGAACUCAUUAUAUAUGGAUCUACUGAUCUACAUGUGGCCUAAAAUGCAUUAUUUUAUAAGACUUAAAAGAGCUGGUUGCAUACAAGUUUAAAAAUAACAACCUUCUCUUGUAUCAGUAACUUUAAAGGUGAUAUGCAAAAUAAUUUAUGUUUUCCUUAUUAUGCACAGAGAAGACUUGAAAGGUUUUUUUAAAUGGUUUGUUUUUUUACAUUGGAAAUGUAGGUUUUUGUCUUGAGGUUGCUAUGACUCCAAAACUGACAGCAAACUGUAAUGCAGUCAGUUGCUUUUUAACAAUAGAAGUGUUGUUGCUCUUAAAGCUGUAGUCAAUAACGUCGUAAUUGUCUGCAUUAUUUUAGUGCUGAUAAGUUGCUUUGGAGAAAAGCAGUUCUCAUCAGAUUUAAACAUGUAUGCCCUCAACUGAAGAUUAUGAGGUAACAGUGCACAUAUUGUAAUCCUUUGGUGAAUUUAGCCAGUGGAUUGACAUUCCUUGGACUUAAAAAUUGCAAAUCUGCUCUUCAUCAAAUAGAUAAAUGUUCACUUUAUGGAUCAGAUUAUGUCUGAGUUAAAGCACUUUGAGAAAGGUAAAAGUGAAAAUAAAAAAGCAAUCAUAGCAGAGGUCUGUGGGUAGCAGAGGUGCUGGUUGAACAAGCAGAACAUGUAUUAAGAGUUCUUUAGAAUGAUGCCUGCUGGGAUAACCAUGUAUUAACAAGAUCAAGAAUUUGUUGCAUCCUUAUUUAUCAGAUACAGCAUAGCAAAUAUAGCUCUAUUUAUAGCAGCUGUUCUACUGCAGAAUUUGGCUUACUACCUUGAUUGUAUGAAACCACAUUUUUAAUUUCAAACAAAAAAAAAAUCAGAUAUGUUAUUAUGGAAAAGGUGUCUCUAUUCAUAAUACCUCUAUGAAUAUCGCUAAAAAUAAUAGUUUCAAAUACUAUUCUCAGUGUUACUUAAAAUUGGCAUGAUAUGAAAUGCAUACGCUGCUUUUCAUAGAUACCUUGUGAAAGAAGUUCUUUGGUUUAUUGGGUUCUCAUUUUUUUAAUUGGCGGAGGAAAAUGUCAGAAUCCUGGAAUGCCUGUACUAACAGUUCGUGCUGUUUAUUAUGUUUACAAUCUGUAUAAAGAAAAAGAAUGUUUUAAUAUAGUGAGCAAAAGAUCUUUGCUCGUGCUGUGUGGAACUUGCCAAAAAGUAAUAAAUUGGUUUAUAUGUGGCAAA